UAACCACAGUUACAACAUGUGGAAUACAAUUUGUUUAAGUGUGGUGGGAUUAGUGGUAAUAUGGAUUAGCAACUGGAUUAGAAGAUGGAGAAACCCGAAAUGCAAUGGGGUUCUGCCACCAGGUUCCAUGGGAUUCCCUCUCAUUGGAGAAACCCUUCCUCUCAUCAUUCCCACUUACUCUCUUGACCUUCAUCCCUUCAUCAAAAACCGGCUCCAAAGAUAUGGGUCUAUUUUCCGGACUAGUAUAGUUGGUCGACCAGUUGUGAUAUCAGCUGAUCCAGAGUUCAAUAACUUCCUUUUUCAGCAAGAAGGGAGUUUGGUUGAGCUAUAUUACUUGGACACGUUUUCGAAGAUCUUUGUUCACGAAGGUGUAUCGCGAACCAAUGAGUUCGGUGUCGUCCACAAGUACAUAAGGAGCAUUUUUCUGAAUCACUUUGGUGCUGAGAGGCUCAAGGAAAAGUUGCUCCCUGAAAUAGAACAAAUGGUCAACAAAACCUUAAGUGCAUGGUCAACUCAGGCCUCUGUGGAAGUCAAACAUGCUGCUUCCGUUUUGGUUCUAGAUUUUAGUGCAAAGCAAAUUAUCAGUUAUGAUGCCAAAAAAUCAUCUGAAAGUCUAAGCGAGACAUACACUAGAAUCAUACAAGGUUUCAUGUCUUUUCCCUUGAAUAUUCCUGGGACAGCAUACAAUCAAUGUGUAAAGGAUCAAAAGAAAAUAAUAGCCAUGUUGAGGGAUAUGCUAAAGGAGAGACGCGCGUCGCCUGAGACAAAUCGAGGAGAUUUCCUAGAUCAGAUCAGCAAGGACAUGGACAAGGAAAAGUUCUUAUCUGAGGAUUUCGUUGUGCAGCUGAUUUUUGGGGGCUUAUUUGCUACAUUUGAGUCGGUUUCAGCAGUAUUGGCAUUGGGUUUCAUGUUACUCUCGGAGCAUCCUUCAGUAUUGGAGGAGAUGAUAGCCGAGCAUGAAACGAUUCUCAAAAACAGAGAACAUCCGAAUUCUUUGCUAGCAUGGGGCGAAUAUAAAUCCAUGACUUUCACUCUUCAAGUAAUCAAUGAAACUCUUAGGCUAGGAAAUGUCGCACCCGGGUUGUUGCGUAAAGCAUUAAAAGAUAUCCGAGUGAAAGGGUUUACAAUUCCAAAAGGUUGGGCCAUUAUGAUGGUGACCUCUGCUCUGCAGUUGAGUCCUAGCACAUUCAAAAAUCCCCUCGAGUUCAAUCCGUGGCGCUGGAAGGAUCUUGACUCGCUUGUUAUAUCAAAGAAUUUCAUGCCUUUUGGAAGAGGAAUGAGACAAUGUGCAGGAGCAGAGUAUAGUAGAGCUUUCAUGGCCACUUUUUUCCAUGUCUUGCUCACAAAAUAUAGGUGGACCACAAUCAAGGUGGGAAACGUUUCGCGUAAUCCUAUUCUGCGAUUUGGGAACGGCAUUCACAUCAAGUUCUCAAAGAAAAAUUGA